AUGGUGGGAGGCAGUGGCUUGCCCGCCUGACGUGGAAGCAGGAAGCGACGAGGAAGCUUCCUUCCGAGCCUGCAUGAAAUCGAUGGCCGAGGAGUCUCUUAAACUGCUCACUCAAGCCAUAGGCCCACAACCGCCUGUGCUGCAGCCAUUGCUGUCACUAUCAGUCUACGGGUCUAUCAUUGGCAUGUUUGAACUCAACAAUCU